ACCAUCCUGCUGCCAAUCUACUGAGAGACAAGAGUUAUGGAGGACAGAGUGGGCUGCCCAUCUGUUUUUGUCGUGGACGUACCACAGAGGGAUGUGCCCUUUGUGCCACCCGUGCGGAAGACCCAGAAGAAACGGCCGUAUGGCCAGCUGCUGCUGGGAAUCCUGGUGCUGCUGGCGUUGGCUGGUCUAGCCAUAGAAGCUUAUUUCCUUCUCUGCUUCCGCAAGGAACUGGACAAAGCCACAUCACAGGGAUCUGCAGAUGCAACUUUUGAGAAAUUUGUACAAGGUCACAAACCUACCCUUGAAAAGCCAGCUGCUCAUCUGACACUAGGUUCCUCUGUCACUGUGGCUCCGAAUGGAUCUCUGCAGUGGGAACCCACAAAUGGCUUGGCCUUCCUACAGGACAUGAACUACAGUGGUGGUUCCCUGAUUUGCAGCAAGCCUGGACACUAUUACAUCUAUUCCAAGCUCUACUUGGGGCAUUCAAACUGCCCAGACAUGCAGCAGAACAGCCAGUUUGUCACUCAUUCCGUUUACAAGAGGACUUCUCAGUAUCCUGAUCACAUGGUGCUGUUAACCAACAGCAUUCCUUACUGCAACUGGAAGAACAGCAAAGAUUGGAGGCAUAAUAGCUUCCUCGCUGGAAUGGUGCAGCUGGAGGAGAAGGACGAGGUGUUCAUCAAGGUGUCUCAGCAGCAGCUGGUGUGGGUCAAGGAUGAUUCAAGAUCAUAUUUUGGAGCCUUCAUGAUCUGAGAGCUCUUAGAGCUGUGUACAGACAAUUGAAUCUGUGGAACAACCAGAUGGCUUCCUUCUUAUAUUGCUGUGGCAGAAUUAGCCUCAAUUCUGCUUCAAUAGCUUGAUAACUUCUCAAAUAUUAUGAAGGUGAAGGGGAGCCUUACUGGGGAGCUGGGUCCACCUUGCUGAAGGGAAGAGGCCUGUUCACUCCUUUUGGAUAGAAAAAGAUGGUCCCUUGUGCUGGAUAACAGCACACUGACCAAACGUUUGAAAACAUUUUGGUGGUGGGCAGGGGGGGUUGCUGGGACACUGCUGUGAGAGGGAGGGUAGUUUUGUACUUAUCCGCUUUUGUGCAUAAGCCCUCAGACUUCCCCAGACUGCCAAAAGAUAAGAAGAAAAACAAGAGUGUUAUUUGUCACCAUAGGCACUAGCCAACAGGUGCCCACGACUGCCAUACCAGAAAUAUGUUGGAGCAGUGCUGGUUGUUUUUCCAGGGCUAGUUUUGCCUUUUCCUGGUUACACAUUAAAAUUCUACAAAAAUCCACUUUGACCAGGAACUAUGGUGGGACACAGAAUAUGAAAAUGUAAGGUGCCACCUCAGAGUCUCUACAAAUUGGACAUCUUUGUACAUAGCCUCAGCACUGGCGACAGAAUAGGAUGGUUUUAUUUUUAUUUUCUUUGCUUGCCACUGAACGCAUAUGUCUUAAAUGGGAUUCCUAGCACAAUCCAGGACGCUGCUUUGCAAUUUCAGCUUGUUGCUCAGCUAAGGAAGAUCCUGUGCUGGAGACCAUAUUUGACCUCUGAGGUAAAAAGUGAAGCCUUCUUGCUAAGACGUGAGAUCCAUAGUCAGCUAUCAAGACACCGCAUUGUGAUCUCUUGGAGAACCAAAAAACAAUCUGACCCUUCUGUGCUUUGCGCCUUUAUACCUUGUUUAUUUUCAGCGUUUCCUCCCGCAACCAACCUCCUUCUCCAAGUAUCCCAGAAGGGAUUGUGCAUAUUACUAUUAUUAUUAUCACUUUAUGAACUCUCCUCCAUGUGCAAGUAUCUGCUUUUCCUAAAAGAUACAACUGUAGAAUGAGAUUUGACAAUGGGAUGGUGUCAGUAAGGGCAACUGAGGCUUUGGGCAUUGCUUCCAAGAUUAGUUAUUCCUGCCAAUCAGGGGUCAAUCAAGCAGUGAGAAGAGCAAUCUCACAAGACAGUACAAAGUAAACAACAAGAUUUGUCUGUGUGAAGUCACUGAGGGCAAGAGAAGGCAACAUUCAUGAAUGGGUCACCGUUUUCGUAGGAAGUGCUGAAAAAUCCUAGUGAAACGGAGGCAGUGUGUCAUGGCUAAAAAUACUCAUUAAAAACUGCCCUACUAAUAGAACAUAUGAAAUGAAAUUAAAAUAUCUGCCAACAAAUGGUCUGUUUGCCCAUGUGUUUGGGAUAGGAAGGGAAUUGACAAAGGAAAUGCCCUUUGCUAUACUGGGAGAGAAUGUUUUUCUUUUCUGAGGAAAAGUAAUUGCGUUGAUACUGGAGAAUUUCUGAGCCAGAUGAAACAUAAGCCUCGGACAACUCACAAACAAUUUUAAUGGGGUUACUUUGCAUGUUAACUCAGAAGAUACGGUAACUCCCACUGACUUCAAUGAAGACUUCAUUUUCAACAACGUUUUAU